AUGUUUUUUUCCGGUCGUUCUGCCUUUGCAUUUUUGCCAUUAUUAUGCACACAUGUCAUUGCCGAUGAUGCCCUGGCACGAGCGAGGACUGCUCUAGAUGCUCUUCAGACAUGGUAUGAUCCUUCGACCGGACUUUGGACUACUCGACAAUGGUGGAAUUCAGCCAGCGCAAUGACAACGGUCGCAAAUCUUGCGACAGUUGAUCCAUCAGUGUUGGAGACUGCGCUCUAUGUAUUCAACACCACCUUCAACCUUGCACCAGCCUCCAAUCCACAUCCAGGUCCAGAAGUGAAGACCGUCUUCCAGCGAAGAGAUCUAUUCUCGAGAGCGGGAAAUUCGGGAAAUGCUUCGCGGUGGCUGGACUCGGCAUACGACGAUGAUGGAUGGUGGGCCCUGGCAUGGAUCGCUGCGUACGAUGUCACUGGAGAUGAUGACUAUAUAGAGGUGGCUGAGGGGAUCUUCGCAGCGCUGGCUGCCGCAUGGGGUACAAAGUGUGGAGACGGUGGUCUCCCAUGGAACCCCACGAGUACCUACGUGAAUGCUAUCACAAACGAGCUCUUCCUCUCAGUUGCUGCGCACCUGGCCAAUCGUGUGCCAUCCAAACGGAAGGAAUAUAUCGACUGGGCGCAGCGAGAAUGGGACUGGUUCUCUGCCCAGGGGUUCAUGGGUGAGAACCAUACCAUCAAUGACGGGCUCUUGGAUAAUUGUCAAAAUAAUGGGCAAACUGUGUGGUCUUACAACCAAGGGGUAGUGCUCGGCGGCCUUGUCGAAUUGAACAAGGCUGCACCGAACGACACUCUACUUGCAUCCGCUAAUACGAUCGCUCAAGCCGCCAUCAAAACCCUUGCCGAUUCCAACAUGGUUAUUCAUGAGCCAUGCGAGCCCAAUAAUUGUGCUCCAGAUGCAACACAGUUCAAGGGCAUCUUCAUCCGCAAUUUGCACAUGCUCCAGAGCGUGUCCCCUAACAUUAUUUAUAAGCAAGUCAUUGAUAGCUGUGCAAGAAGUAUUUGGGUCAAUGAUCGCAACUCACAGAAUCAACUGGGUGUUGUUUGGGCUGGGCCCUUCCAAGAUCCGGUGGAUAUGUCAACUCACAGCUCGGCGAUGGACGCAUUGGUUGCUGCAAUUGGUGGAUAA